AUGUUUGGCAAACUCCUAUACUCGGCAUUGCUUGCCAGUUGGACUUUGAGUGUCUUCACCCUUGCCAAUCCAGUGCUCCCUCGUCAAGAAUCCUCAGUCUGGAGUGAUUGGACAGCAUCCGCAGGCAGCUCUACAACCGAUGUCGGCGGCGUAACUGGAGGAUGUACCGGACAUACCGUGACCAGUAUCAGUGUGAUUACGACCACUCUAUCAGGAGGUGGGGAUGACUCAUCCACGGCACCGUCAAUCAUCACCAGAACAAUCACACUACCUCCGUCAAGCUGCACUCCCGUUAGCCCUGGAUCUACAGGAUCUUCUUGUGUUGCUGGCACUGUAACGACUACAGUUGUUGGAAGCGGCCCAGGUGGAAGCACAAUAACGAGGACAGUAACAGCUCCUGGGAGUGGAUUCACAACCACCAUUAUUUCCAGUGUAAGUGGUGGCAUUUCGACGGUAACAGAAACUCGGACUGUCAAUGCACCCCCUUCAACAACAACUGUGGUUUCAACUGUGCAAGCUCCUGGCGGUACCACCACUGUUGUGUCCACAGUCACCCAACCAGUCCCAGGCCCUACGGUCACCGUCACCUCGACACAAACUGGUCCCGGCCAGACCGUCACCUCCACGGUGUUGCAGCCAGGAACCCCAACCACUGUCAGAUUGCCUCCAGAGACUAUAACUGUUCCAGGCCCUACUGUGACGCAACAGUCACCUGGCUCGACAGUAACCAGUGUUGUUACAGUUGCAGGCCCAGGCACCACUUCAACCGUCACACUACCAGCUGGGACUACUACAGUGGUUCAAACCACAACGGUGGUAAACACCGUGCAAGGCCCUGGAGCUACCGUCACUCUACCAGGAGCCACUGAAACCGUUGUACGUACAACAACUGCUAUUGGACCGGUGCAGACUGUGACUUCGGUGGUGACAAUUCCUGGAAAUACAAACACGGUCACUGUCCCAGUUACUGUCCCUGUCACGGUUCCUGCUGGAACUAUUACUUCGACACGUACCAUCACAGUCCCAGGAGGAACUAGCGUGAUCACCUCAACCGUGACGGCGCCGGGAGGAACGAGCACUGUAACUGUCCCUGUGACUGUUCCCGCUGGUACUAUUACUUCGACACGUACGGUUACAGUCCCAGGAGGGACCAGUGUUGUCACCUCCAUCGUGACGGCACCAGGAGGAACGAGCACUAUUACUGUCCCUGUGACUGUUCCCGCAGGUACUAUUACUUCGACACGGAUCGUUACAGUUCCUGGAGGAACCAGUGUCAUCACUUCAAUCGUGACGGCACCAGGAGGAACAAAUACUGUCACCGUUCCUGUCACCAUUCCUGCAGGCACUAUUACUGCGACGCUUACUGUCACGGCGCCGGUAGGAGGAGGAGGCACGACCGUGGUUACUUCGACUGUGACAGCACCGGGAGGAACAAAUACUGUUACUGUACCGGCAGGAACAGUCACACGUACCGUCGCAACCGGUGGAGGUACCAACGUGAUCACCUCGGUCGUCACCGAGACCGCCCCAUGCGGAUCAACAGUCUGGGGUGAUUGGACAUCUGCUCCUGCUACAGCCACGGCAGGCGUACGGCGACGAAGCGGAUGGAGACGCUGA